AUGUCUUGCAUCGCGUUGGCCGUUGACAAAAAGCACAAGAGUGGAUGUUUUGCUAUAUUUACACAGAGCCCCAGGUUCUUGCAGGGUCCCAGCGGCGGGCAUGGGGAUGCGAGAAUACGAGAGGGACAUGAGGCCACGGCCACUGAGACCUGA